ACUACGUCCAUGUAAAAAACAGCGAGUAAGAGAGAGUUCCGCGAUAAACAAGACGCAGACGUUAGGUAACUGUUUCAAUGUCACGAACGUAAUAUCAGUAAUGUUUUUCAUGUAUUCAGUUACUAUACCACGUUGCGAAAUUAUAGGCUUUAAAUGUAGACAUUGACACCGGUCGCUUCCAUUACAAAUUCCAGGUGCUUGCAGUGCUAGAAGGCCUGUAGGCUGUGUGCAACGUGAACUGUAGUUACUCAGUAAGUAAAAGACUUGGUGAAUAUUUACUAUUUAUUGUCGUCGUACACAGUGCAUCUCGUUGUCAUCUUUCCGAGUCAUUGAAAUGGCUAGUGUAGCCCACGUCUCCAGAGUUCGCUCUUUGUACAAAAGGAUUCUGGUCUUGCACCGGUUCAUGCCUAUCGACCUGAGGGCGCUGGGCGACCAGUACGUGAAGGAUGAGUUCAGACGAAACAAGUCCGCCUCUCCCGAAGAGGUCAAAGCCUUCAUGACCGAAUGGGAGAAGUACCAGGCCACGCUGCAGACGCAGGUUCUGGACGCCAUGUCUGGGAAGCUGGAGAAGCUGGAGUUCGGGGUGGUUCUGUCCGAGGAGCGGCUCAAGCACUUCCAGGACGAGCAGGUGGGCCAGCUGUACGAGCUCAUGCUGGAGGCCACCAAACCCAACCGCCAGUUCGACAUCCAGGACGACCGGUCGUAGCAGCCCCCCACCCUCCCCAGACCAGGACGACCAGGCCGUAGCACCCCCCCCCCCACACCCCCUGACAAGGGAUGUGGAAGGACUUACACCCCUCUGCUUA